GCAUGCAUAGAAGAAUCCUCUAACCUCCUCACCACUCAUCCUUAUAUCAUCAUGUCUUAUCUAUUUUUUCUCCCUAGCUAUAGACGCUACUGACCCCUAGCGUUUUCCACGUCUUUGAUCUAAACACCCCCGAUCUCUUGGUUGGUAUGGCAAUUAAUCUCCCUCUAGCAACUCCUCAAUGCUAGAGACCAUGAAGCCCCUAAAGUCAAGCCUUGAUCUCGAAGCCUCAGAUCUAAAGGCCGACAAGGUCCUUCUUCUCUGUCGUCACCUAGUGAGCUUCUUCGUUUUCAUUCUUUCUCUCGUAUCGUAUCAUCAGCUGCUUACGCGUGUUGAAUCCCUGUAAUUGGAAUUAAGCAUUUCUUGAGAGAGAGAGAGAGAGAGAGAGAGAGAGAGAGAGAGAGAGAGAGAGAGAGAGAGAGAGAGAGAGAGAGAUUUCACCAAAAUGUUAGUGCUGAAGACCGUGAAGUCCUAAAUUAUCCUCUUCUAGAGCCUUAGAUCUAACGGGUGGUAAGGUCCUUUGUCUCUGGUGUUGCCAGGUGAGCUUCUUUGUUUUUGUUUUUUUUUCUUUUAUUAUGAGCUUACAUGUGUUGAAUCCCUACGAUUGGAACUAAGCAUUUAGAGAGAGAACGAUUCAUCAAAAAGUUAGUGCCAGAGAUCACAAAGACCCUGAAGUCCUAAACAUGAUUCUCGAGCCUUAGAUAUCAAGGUUGGUGAGAUUGUUCAUCUCUAGGUAGCCAGGUUUUUGAAAUCUGAACGGCGUUCGGCGGAGAAGCCCAUGCAGCAAUGGAAAUUGCCAGCCGCGUGUCUCUUGGAAUCCAUCAACCACACUCGACGACGGGGUUCCAGUUCCAGCAAGGCGUCCCACCUCCAGGGUUCCAGCGACGCGUUGCUGCGGAGGCAAUGGCGAAUGAUCCGCCACCGCCACUCAAAAGGAAGAGGGGGAGGCCACCUGGCUCCAAGUCUGCCAAGAGCAGGAUUGGGAGCCCACCUGGCGAGCAGUCCCCCCAGAGCAAGAUGGAGCAGAAGGUGGCUUUGGUCAAGCAGAGGGUCGCUUUGCUUGACAGUGCCAGCAACAGCAGCUGCAGCGACAGUGACAAGAAUGAUGAGCUUGCUAUUGUUGUUUGUCACCAGCCAGCGGUACUUCAUUGUGGUGAUACAGAUGAUGAGGGCAAUUAUAAUCUUUUGAAAGCUUUGAAGUCAAGGAGGCUGGACAGUGAGCAAAAAAAGCUUUCUGGUGCCCUUCAGGCACACAAUGCCCAAAACAUCAUUACUGGUGUCACUAACAUUGCUGAAGCAUCUGAUAUUAAUGGCCAAAUUUUAAGUGCUAGUGUUCACGGCAACUGUGGAUCCGCUAUGGCUAGAGCUAAGGAGGUACAGGCGAAGUUGCCAGAAAACCAUCUUAGCUUUACCAAGGCUAUGCUACCAUCUCAUGUCAUCCGGGGGUUUUGGCUUGGUAUGCCAACUGAGUUUUGUAACAAGCAUCUCCCAAAGGAAGACACUGGAAUUAUGUUAGAAGAUGAGAAUGGAGAGGAUCAUCACACAACGUAUCUAGGUUCCAGGCAGGGACUAAGUGGUGGGUGGAGAGGUUUCGCAAUUAAACAUGAUAUUAAAGUUGGCGAUGUUUUGGUUUUCCAGCUUGUGGAAUCAAGGAAAUUUAAGGUAUACAUAAUAAGAGCUAAUGAAUUUACAGCAACUGAUGGAGCAAUCAGUCUGCUGAAUUUAGAAGCGCGCAAGAAAGGGAAGCUACUAUCAAAGGCUACCAGAGUGGAGCACAGUGUCCCUGCAGACGAUGACAAUGUCGUCAUCAACAAAGCGGGCAGGCUCAGGAUCUCGGAUUCAGACAUGGACUUUGGUGAUGUGACGAGCUUCAGCGACUUCAGCAUCAUCGUGGACAGACUGGUGAUCGACUGCAAGUUUCAGGAGCCCCUGCGGAGGACAUACUAUGAGCUGUGCCGCUCCCAGAAGGCGUUCCUCCACAGGAGACAGUCAGCAUCGCGGAGGGCAUCCAGGCGUGCACGGCGGAGCGGUCGCCUUCCCACGAGGACCUGCUGGUGUGGAAGAAGACCCUGGAGUCCGUGGCUCUGCUUGGCAUGGAUGUCGGGUUCCUGCUGAAGCGCGUGGAUGAGCUCCUUGGUGUGUGUUCCCAGGCCCAGCAGGCGAGGGACCAGUACAGGGAGAUGAGUGCGGAGAAGGCCCGUGCCGCGGAGAAGGUGAAGGCGCUGGAGCUUGCUCUGGGGAGCGUGAAGGACGCUCUGAGUAAGAUUGAUGCCGACAUGGAGGAGGUGGAGGCGAGGGUGAAUAGGAGCGGCGCAACGCUGCAGGAGGUAGCCACUGCACCAUGGUGAAUCUUGGUGGUUCUGAAGGUGGAGCGACUGGCUGCAAGGCUACUGCACUGAAGCCUGAAGGUGUGUGGUGAGACUGCUGCUAGUAACCGGUAAUGGCGAGGGACGCAGCGCCACAUUUUGUGUGCACCUUGAGGGACACUGGCAGCAAGUUUGUUGCAUUGCAUACUUGCAGCGCAGCGCAGAGUAGGGGCUCAAAGUCUAGGUGGGUAACAGUAACAGUAACAACAACACUCCUGCUGUCAUGUCAUGUUAGUAUUAGUAGUAACUACGACGCUCAUCCGUCGCUGUAAAUGUCUGUUAGGUUUCUGUUAGCUCGUGUGUGUUGUGGUCAUGUCCAUCGGAGAAACACUUGGUGAUGCCAGUGGCCAGUGCGCGAACAGGUGCGGAUCCCAAAUAAAAUUCUACUUAUGGCAAA